AUGACUGGAAUGUCAAAGAGACAGCAGUUGGAUGUCUGGGAGGCAGAUAACCCCAUUUUGGCACGCCGGAAAGAGGUUUUUAUCCAGGAACGGUAUGGCAGGUUUAAUCUUAGUGACCCAUUUCUGGCUCUGCAGAGAGACUAUGAGGCAGGUGCUGAUAGUAAAGAAAAGAAGUCCAUCUGUACCAACCCCCUCUCCAUUUUAGAAGCUGUCAUGUCUCACUGCAGAAAAAUGCAAGAGAGAAUGUCAGCUCAGUUGGCUGCUGCUGAAAACAGACAAAAGAAGUUGGAAAUGGAAAAGUCUCAGUUACAGAUGCUUGAGCUGGAGCGUAAGAAGUUGUCUGCUCGCCUUGAAGAAGAACGUGGCAAGAAUAAACAUGUAGUAUUGAUGCUAGUGAAAGAAUGUAAACAGUUGUCCGGCAAAAUUGUAGAGGAAGCCCAGAAACUGGAAGAAAUAAUGUCAAAAUUUGAAGAAGAAAAAAAAAAGGCUAAUGAAUUGGAGGAAUCUCUUGCAGCUGAGAAACAAAGGAGUACACAAAUGGAAGCUCAAAUGGAAAAACAACUCUCUGAGUUUGACACAGAAAGGGAGCAACUGCGUGCCAAACUUAACAGAGAGGAAGCACAUACUAGUGACCUCAAAGAAGAGAGAGAUAAAAUGAGAAAAAUGAUUGAGCAGUUAAAAAAAGAAAAUGACAGUAAACCAAACCUUUCUCUCACUUGUAGAAAUAAAGAUAAAGGUUUUGUUUCAGUAUCUGUUGGAACAGAAGUCCCAGCUUCAAGAACUAUUGCCUGUCAGACAGAUACAAUGCCGACGGACAUUAGCACUGAAAAUGUUAGGAAGUUGCCUUUGACUGUGCCUGUAAAACCUUCAGCAGUGAACUCUCUGGUUUCUGGCAGCACAAAAACGAAUGUAUCCGCCAAUGCAACAUUUGUGAAACCAGUCAUUGAUAGGCACUCUUCCUGUAGUGAACUGAUUGUCCCAUCCACAACUGCUAUUCUGACUCCAAGUCAAAACAGAAUUGAGGAAAAUGGACCAAGUACUGGCUCAUCACCAGAUUUAACAAAUAGCACUUCCCCCUUUCCAAGUAAUGCUGCCCUCUCUGUUUCUCCAGCAUCAAGUAUUGCAUCUGAGAACUACUCACUAGCUUCGUCUAUGCACAGUUUACAGUCACAGUCUGCCAACACUACUGUGCAUCCAGGCCUAAAUCCUCGAGUUCAAGCAGCUCGAUUUAGAUUUCAAGCUAAUGCUAAUGAUCAAGACCAAAAUGGAAACACUACCCAAAGCCCUCCAUCAAGGGAUGUCUCUCCCACUAGUCGUGACAACCUAGUUGCCAAACAGCUAGCUCGGAAUACUGUCACCCAAGUACUUUCAAGAUUUACAAGUCCUCAAGGUGGUGCAACUUUGCGGCCUGGAAUGUCACAUUCAGUGGAAGUUGGCACCUAUCCCCCAGUUGGUAGAAUGAGUUUAAAGACUCCCAAUGUAUCAAGAAUUGACAGAGGAAAUCCUCCACCUAUUCCUCCAAAAAAGCCAGGGCUUUCGCAAACUCCUUCUCCACCACACCCACAGCUUAAAGUUAUUAUGGAUAGUGGUCGAUCCUCUAAUAUAGGUGUAAAAUUUGACAGCAAAACCAUGAUUUCACCUCCUUCCAGUUCACCACAAGGAAUCAGGGUAAUAAAUGAGGAAAUUAUUUCUAAGUCCUCACCUCAGCUGCCACCAAAACCUACUAUAGAUAUAUCUAUGGCAUCUGCAGGCUGUGCCAUACCAGCCAUGGCCACAUCUCAGGUGGGUGCCUGGCCUUCCCAAUCCCCUGGACUGAACCAACCUGCAUGUGCAGAAAGUUCCUUUGUCAUUCCCAGCACCAUUGCCUGUAGCUCCUUCAUAAACCCUGUUAGUGCUUCAUCCUGUAGACCAUGUGGUUCAGACAGCCUACUGGCAACAGCAUCAGGCUGGUCUCCCUCCCUAACCCCUUUGUUAACGAGUGGUGGUCCUGUCCCCCUGGGUGGCAGGCCCACCCUUCUUCACCAAACUGCUGCCCAGGGAAAUGUCACUUUAUUGUCAAUGCUGCUUAAUGAGGAAGGAUUGGACAUUAAUUAUUUCUGUGAAGAUGGUUAUUCUGCCUUGUAUUCUGCUGCUAUGAAUGGACAAACAGAUUGUGUGAGAUUGCUGCUGACUGCAGAAGCACAAGUUGAUGCUGCUGAUAAAAAUGGUUUUACACCCUUGUGUUCAGCAGUUGCUCAGGGACAUUUCAGGUGUGCAGAAUUAUUAAUUAUGCAUCAGGCUGACGUUAACCAUGCUGCUGAAAGAGGACAGACACCUUUGUACCUAGCCUGUGGAAAUGGAAAUAAUGAAUGUAUCAAACUUUUGCUGGAAGCUGGAGCAGAUCGAAGUGUAAAAACCAGUGAUGGCUGGACACCAAUUCAUGCAGCUGUGGAUUCUGGUAAUGUUGACAGCCUCAAACUCCUUAUGUACUAUGGAGAAACAGACAAUGGAAACUUUAUGAAUGAUGCACAGCCUAAUUCAGGCUUCUUUGACUUGGAAUGCAGAGAAGAUAGCUAUCCCAGUAAAGCAAGACCUGUUGUUUCUGCAGAUCUCAUCAACCAUGCUGACAAAGAGGGUUGGACUGCUGCCCACAUAGCAGCAUCAAAAGGCUUUAAGAAUUGCCUAGAAGUCUUGUGUAGCCAUGGUGGACUAGAGGCUGAAAGAAAAGAUAAGUGCGAUCGAACACUGCAUGAUGUUGCCACUGAUGACUGCAAACAUCUCCUGGAGAACUUGAAUGCUUUUAGAGUACCUUUAAGGAUUUCAGUCAGUGAAAUAGAACUAGCCUACUGUGGUACAGAGGAUUGUGACACAGAAAACACAAUAUGUUCUUUAAAUAUCCGCAAACAGACAUCAUGGGAUGAUUUUUCGAAAGCAGUGAGUCAGGCGGUGACAAACCAUUUCCAAGCAAUCACCUCUGAUGGAUGGAGGAGUCUAGAAGACCUGACAUUUAAUAAUGCUGCAGAAUCCAACAUUGGCCUCAGUGCAAGCAGUAUAUUCUCCAUCAAAAUUGGAAAUGUUCCAUGGUCAACAGGUCAGAUUUUUCCACAGGCACCAUGGGAUUUUUUGAAGAGGAAUAAAACCGAACACAUAACAGUGUUUUUAUUUGGUCCUCAAGAAGGCUGCUUAAACAGUGUGACUUACGCAUCUAUGAUCCACCUUCAGAUACUGCAGAACUACCUCCGGCUGGUUGAACAAUACCGUAAUGUCAUCUUUCAUGGUCCAGAAGGAAGUUUGCAAGACUACAUAGCACAUCAGAUAGCGCUCUGUAUGAAGAAAAAGCAAAUGGCUGCCGGAUUCACCUGUGAAAUUGUUAAAGUUGAAGUGGAUGCUAAUUUCUCCAAGGAGCAGCUUGCAGAAUUAUUCAUCCAUAAUGCUUGUCUGGUCCCAGUGAAACAGCUUUCUGUGAGCAAGAAAACCAUUGUGAUUUUAGAGAAUCUGGAAAAAGCUUCAUUAUUUGAUUUACUGGGAGACUUUCUGGCACCUCUUGAGAAUCGUGGUUCUGAAAAUCCUUGCACUUUUCAAAAAGCAAAUGGUGUGCCUGAUGCAUAUUACUUUCAUGAGAACUGCUUUCUAAUGGGGACAAUUGCAAAAUCUCAUCUCCAAGGCUCUGACUUGUUGGUUCAGCAACAUUUCCGCUGGGUUCAACUAAGGUGGGAUGGGGAACCAAUCCAUGGCUUGCUUCAAAGGUUUUUAAGAAGGAAAGUUAUAAAUAAGUUCCGAGGUAAAGUGCCCCCUCCAUGUGAUCCAGUGUGCAAGAUCAUAGACUGGAUUCUUGCCAUUUGGCACCAGCUGAACUCCUGCUUAUCCCGUUUAGGUGCACCUGAAGCACUGAUAGGGCCAAAACAUUUCUUCUCUUGUCCGGUGGAGCCUGGGCAUGGCCAAAUCACAGUGAAGUGGUUGUCCAAAUUAUGGAACACUGUCAUUGCUCCCAGAGUUCAAGAAACAAUACUCUCCAGAGCCUCUGUGAAGAGACCAUCUGCACUGGGACAAACAGCAGCCAAAAAAAAUCCUAGUCAAGGUCAACAAGCUGUGGUUAAAGCAGCUCUCAGUAUCUUGCUAAACAAAGCUGUUCUGCAUGGCUGUCCUCUUCCACGAACAGAUCUGGAUAGAUAUAGAGCAGACUUUAAAGGAGGAAAUUUCCCCUUAGCCCUGGUUUCAAGCUACAAAAAUUGUAAUAAGAAAAGAGAGAAUGCUUCCUGGAGAAAAGUGAGCACAAGUCCUCGUAAGAAGUCAGGUCAUUCAUCUUCCCAGUCAUGGAGUAAGCAGGAGGCAAAUACAGAAGGUAUAAAAACAAAGAAUGUGUUGCAACAAAAUUGCAACAAAAUGGCUUCUCUUAUCAAAAACUCUUCAGAGAAUGAGCAGCUAAAAGUGUUAAAUCUGGAGCAAAGGCUGUCCCUUGGUUCUGAUGAUGAAGUAGAUCUUGUGCAGGAGCUUCAAAGUAUGUGUUCCAGCAAAUCAGAGUCUGAUAUAAGCAAGAUUGCCAAUUCUAAGGAUGAGCUGGUUAUGUUCAGAAGCUCUCAAAUUGGUCCUAUAUUUUCAGCAAGCAAUACUAAUCCAAGUAAAUUGGUGUCACAAAAGGAUGGGAUCCGUCCUCUCAGCAGCAAUCGCACUGUGGAAUGCGCCAACAGUAAAUCAAAGACUGAGUUGGGUGUUUCAAGAGUUAAAUCUUUUCUUCCUGUUCCCAGAAGUAAAGUCACCCAGCCUUCUCAGUACACCAAAAAGCAGCAGCAGUAAUACAAGGCAAAUAGAGGCUAACUCAAAAGAAAAGAUUUGGAAUUUGCACAACAAAUUACAAAUAGAAAAAUCUAAUAAAUCUGCCUAUCAUA